UUGAAAGUGAAACCUGGGUUUUGGCUUUGCUCCUUUAAUAGCGAAUGUGGCUAUUACAGAGUUGAAUUACAUUCCGCUCGUGAUGAGCUAGAACAUGCUCGUUUGACGAUUAACAGAUUGGAAUCAGAGAUAGGAGCUUACAAGAGGACUGCUUUCAGUGAGCAGCAAAUGAUGGUUUCACUGAAUGAAUUAACCAAUCGAUUAUCUCGAGUAGAAGCUGAAAAGACGACAGUCAUGGAGUCCCAGCUUGAGGUCCUCCGUCUUGAACGGGAUAGUUUGAAGACUUCUAAUGCUCGCCUUACUGACCAACUUUCACAUGCAAGAAAUGAAGCGAAACAAAUGCAGACUCGUUUCGAGCAAGAACUCAAACUUUUACGAGAGCAGCUUUCCGAAAAAGAAAAGGAGCUGACUUCUUGUGAGCGUCAGCUGAUUGAUCUGCGAACACGGUUGAGCAAUAUGCAGGCGCAAUAUACUGCUCACGAAAGCACAAUAGGUAUGACACCCGAACGUCUGCAGAAGGAAUGCCAACAACUCAAGAAUCGAACCCAAUACCUCGAAUGCCAGCUGGAUGAGAUGAAGGCGAAACUGGCUGAAGCCGAGAGUGUUGCCAUGAAGAAGAGCGAUGAAAAUGAGAGAAUGGAGUCUCACAGUAAUGUGCUUGAAUCAAAUAUCAAACAAAUGGCAGAGCUUGGCUCUAUGGAACGUGAUCGACUUGAGACAAGAGCGAGCAGCGCGGAAGCUCGAUCCGAAGAGCUUACAGCAAGAGUAGCCCAGUUGUCAACAACCAUAGACCAACUGGAGGCAGAAAUAAGUGAUAUGAAGAUGCAGCAUCUGGAGCGUUCAACUGAACUUCAACUGAGAAUUGAUAUUCUCGAAGCUCAAAAGAGGGACGCUGAUGAGUCCAUUAAGCAUCUCAACGAGUCGCUGAAUUCCUCACAGAUUGAAAUGGAGAGAAAAUUGAACGAGCGCAACCAGCUGACGGAUCAAGUAGCCGAACUCAAAGCUCAGCUGUCCGAGAAAGAAGGAGAGCUCAUGUUGAAAGACGCUAAGUUGGAAUCUAAGCAAAAGGAGCUUAUGGGCGCUUCUGAAGCUUCCAGAGUUGCGGAGGAGAGUCUUCAACAUGCUGAACAGUUGUUAUCUGCUCGUUCGAGUGAAGUGACUGCUAUUGAAACCCGCUUGAAUGAGGUUGUGAAGCAGUAUGAGGAGAAAAUGGAGCAGAUUUUGGAGAAAUACGAGAAUGUUCGUGGUAGCGCAAGUGAGUGA